UUAUUGGAGUAGUUUGACUACCAGUCGCUGUGGCGGCGACUCCUGCCGCUCUCGUGUGUGUGUGUGAGAGACUGUCAAAACGCUAGAAGGGGGGUUUAUUUUAUUUUUUUCUAAUCGGGUGGGAAAAGACACCUGUUCAAAAUGGGAGGAAAUGGAAGCACGGCUAGAAAAGUGUCAUUCGGACUGGACGAAGACGAGAAGGUCACAGUAAUUGAAGGAGUGAAGCUCUCAGAGGAUGUGAUCCGGCGGAUGAGGGAAUCUCAGGGGUCUGACAGCGCCAAGCCACCACCGUCUCCACCAGACAGUCACAAACCACCAGCAAGUCCAAAACCAACAGGACCCUCCACUACAAAAAUACAGGAAGACCGGCGCAAAGACUUUGAGCGUCAACAGGCCCUGAUGCGGGAGCAGUUGGCCAGACUGGCCCAGAGGGAGAGAGAGACUGCUGCAACCACAGGCCUGGAUGAGCUGAUGCCUGCCCUAAUCCUUGAGAAAGGGAAGGCCCGUGAAGAGCAAGAAAAGGUCAAGACAUUGAUCAAACAACUGGAGAGGAAAGAGAAGGAACUGGCCAGCAUCACCAGCUUCUAUAAAGAGCAACUAGAAAUACUGGAGAAGAAGAACCUUGACAACUACAAGGAGACAGCUGAACAGUACAACCAGGCAGCUACCAAAGCUGAGGUUCACAUCCGGCCCCGGCAGGCUGCAUCUGUGUGCACUGAACUGCAGGCCAAGGUGCUCCAGUGCUACAGAGAAAAUCCACAGCAGACCCUGCACUGCUCCAGCCUGGCCAAACAGUACAUGACCUGCGUCCAGCAAGCUAAGAAGAGUUCACUGACGAAUCACGGCUGAGAAACCCAAAGCAAGCAGGAGGAGAAGAAGUGAAGAAGGGGAGAGCAUGUCAAAUCCAUCCAUUUCUCGCCUCCCUCCUUCCUUCUCCUAUCCAUCCAUCCAUCCAUUUAUUUAGCUACCAUCACUGAAUAACCCCAUCCUCUUUCCCACUCACCAUCCUUCUUGGUAUUUGAGUGUAUUAUCUUGACUUGUCACUCCACAGUGUAUGAUGUGUUGAUUUAUUGUCAAGUUGCACCGGCACACCCCUGUCGCCGCUGAAAUAAAUCCCAAUGAUCCGAUGGUGAUGAGACUGCA